GGAGAGCCACUUCGUGACUGGAGCCCGCUUGGAAUGGUCCGAUCAAGUUGGUCGCAAGUGAGACUACUCCCGUUGCUGUGGUUCCUGUUCCACGGGAUUCCCCUGCUGGCCAUUCGCCUGCAGCCCUGCGAACUAGCUGGCCAACUCUACAUACUGGAUGUCCCGAAAUCGGAGUUACCCCUGUGGCUUUGUAUUGCCGAAUUCGAGAGCCGCUUCAACACGCACGUUGUGGGCCAGGCCAAUGCGGAUGGAUCCCGGGACUACGGACUGUUCCAGAUCAGCGAUCGCUACUGGUGUGCGCCGCCGAAUCGAACGGAAUACUAUGCAUUCAACGACUGCAAUGUGAAUUGCACUCGCCUUCUGAGCGACGACAUCACCAUGGCCGUCCAGUGCGCUCGGCUCAUCCAGAAACAACAGGGCUGGACGGCCUGGUCCGUCUACCCGGAGUUUUGCAAUGGCACUUUGGAUGCCAUCGACGAGUGUUUCCAGCCAAGGAAUGCCACUGAUUUAAAGGCCGUCGACGAGCUGGCUGAGGUCAAAGAUUGUUAGAGAAUGUCUGCCCAUUAGGUCAUCACUGCCGAAAUAUGAAAACUGAUGUGUGCAAAAUUAAAAUCUCAAUUACCGUUUAAACUCGACUUGUUUUAUUGGAUGUUCUGCGAGGUCACAACGAGUUGCUUUUAGUGUGCUUAAUUAACA